AUGCAGGGGCGGCUCCAAGGCAGGACGAGGAUAGUGAACGGAGAGACGGCGGGCGUGAACGAGUUCCCCAUGAUGGCCGGGCUGUUAGUUUUUCUGACGCAGAGGAACGUGUUCUGCGGCGCCACCAUAGUGGCGCGGCGCUACGUGCUGACGGCGGCGCACUGCCUCGUCAAGAAGCAGACCAGCGACGUGGUGGUGCUAGUGGGCGCGCACGACAUCAGGACAGGUGUGGAGAGAGUGACGUAG